AUGGAGUGUUCAAACUCUUUAGAUAACUCGCGCAAGAAGUCCAGAAGAGUACGAUCAUGGUACCUCUACGAACAAUUUAAAUCUCUUGAAAAGAGUCAAUCAGAUGCAGCUCAGAGAUUGAAAGACAAAUCGUACCAAGAGAGAAUUUUGUACCAAGAAUUGAGCGAAAGAAGGGCACGAAGAAGAUUAUGCGAUCAAUUUGGUCUUUGCCAAAGCGAGUCGAGGAUUGAUAGAAACAUGGAUGGUAUACCAUCCAAUACCUUACUCAGUUCAAGUACAGACGACCUUUAUCAGAGUUUCUGUAAACUGCACGGGGAUAAUGAAAUUGCAGAUUCCAGCAGUUGCGAUGGCUCUCAAUCAAGCAAAUUUGAUAGAGAAUGUAAAACAGCACGCUGUUCCGAUGAUGCGAGCAAAGAGAACAGUGCUACAAGCGUCGUCCAGAAUCUGAAAUUCGAAGAUAAUCUCACAGAUAACGUUAAAGAAGAUUUACAGACUGUACAGAGGAAUAUAGCAGAAAAUAUUAAUCUCCAACUCGAAACAGUCAAAGAAAAUAUUGAGUGUAUUGAGAAGUAUGCGAAGUUAUGCGAAGACGUCAACAUAUCCGAGGACGAAAGCUUUGAUUCUGUAGUCGCUUGUGAAUGUGAAAAAAAAAUAGAAGAUGCAUUGAAACCAAAGCUUAAGAACACUGAAUGCAAUUUGUUUGUGGUUUGGUCGAAACUAGUGACAUUCUCGUACAAUCUGAUGCAAAUGAGCUCAGGAAAUUGUUACAAUGACUACAGUACACAACUUCUUACGGCAGUUUUAGCGUGUGAUAUUCUUCGGCGAGCUUUGAACAAAAUGUCCCUACGUUUCUCCAAUAAAAUUUGCUCCUAUCGUAAAACAAAUUGUAAAUGUCAUAAUAUUAAAGGAGUCGUUAAUUCAAUGUUGCAAUUAUCAAGAUGUUUAGAUAGUGCACUGCGUGAUAUACAAAGUACAUGA